AUGAUGCCCCGGGAUCCGCAGCCAGUACCUCGUGCGAGUUCCAGCGAAUGCGAUCAGAACUACAUCAAAACCAGACACACCGUCAGCUACUGCCACAAUCUACCACCCAGUUGUUUUGAAUCCGGCAAAAACGACAGAACGUACACAAUCAGGCUGCUGCGGGAUAUUUCGGAUCUCCCUGUUUCCAUUGAACCCGCCUCCAGCCUGGUUACAGUGGACUCAGUGCUGCGGCUGUCGGGUUUCGAUGGCCCCUUCUAUGAAAUGGUGCUUGUGGCUAAGCAAGUGGAAAAGAGCGCCGCGUACUUUACUCCACUCCUGCGUAUACUCUGGAACAGGGAAAGGGUGUAAGUUGCAAUAGCAUAUGGAGCACACUUGUGGUCCGUCUGCGCCGUGGGCGCGAGAAAAUUCUUCCUUGGCUUCAGUUGGUGGCCGCGAUUAUAAUUGAUUAACUGAGGCAGUAUAUAUAUAUAUAUAUAUAUAUAUAUAUUGGAACGCAGGCAUCCCAAGAAAUAUAAUUUGAAAUCAAAUACGUUCUUUGGGAAAGAGAGAAAACUUUAUUGAGUAAAUCUUCGACGUCGGUACCCCGUGUCGUCGUCAGACUACAGUAAAUGUGCAGAAAAUAAUUAAAAUUUCAAACGUGCUACAAAAUCAAUACUCAUUUGGUGCCUCCGCCAGUAAGUUGCCGUCGUAUGCGUCAGGCCGUAUUGAUCGGCUUUCGUCUAUUUCACUUUUCUCUAAGAUUUUUGUACGUGGCAUCCAACUCGAUAUGCCUGUUGAUGCAUGACGCAUCGGAGUGCAAGAAACUCUCGGCCUUUUUUAGAUGGGCAAACUCCGACGGUGCGAGUUUUGUCCUAUGCGAAAGUGUGCCCAGUAUCAAGGGUGCGCAUGGCCAUUUGAGACAAGUGGUCUCGCCUCUUAACUGUAAGUUGAUGUUUGUGGAUGUGAGUAGAGGCAAAUUUUCCGUUUGGCCACAAUAUACGGCAUCACAGGCAUCGCAUGAGAUCUUAUAGACGACUUCUUUUCUAUCGAGAUAGUGAACCCUAUCCUUAGAGUGUGCAAGCUGGGUGCGUAAAGUAGUCGUCGGCUUGUGCGCCACUUUUAUCUGGUGUUUCCUCAAGUGUCGUUCAACAAGUUCAGACACAUUCCUGAUGUAAGGAAGGAUUCGCCAAGUGUUUGUUUUGGGUGCUUGAUUGGAGCUAUCUAGUUUUUUUGUUUUUAUCUCUUGCUGUCUAAUGCAUCGACGUACGAAAUCUCUAGGGUAACCGUUCUGGGAAAAUAAUUCAAAUAGGUAGUUUAGUUCAAUUUUGUAGCUUUCUUCAUCAGAGCAAUGUGUUUUUGCUCGAUGUAUCAGACUUUUGACAGUACUCCGCUUGUGGGAGAUCGGACUGUUGCUCUCAUAGUGUAGAAUUAUUUCCGCAUAUGUUUCUUUGCGGUAAACGGACGUGUGUAAUGUUUCGUCAGUCUUACGCUGUACGAGAACAUCUAGAAAUGGGAGUUUAUUUUCACGUUCUUUUCCCAACGUGAAUUUAAUUCCCGGAAUGGUUGAGUUGAUUGUGUUGUGGAGUAUUUCUAGUUGAUCCGUUUUAACGACGACAAACGUGUCGUCUACAUAUCGUACCCAUAACUUAGAGUUAACUAGUGGAAGAGCCACCGAUUCCAAUUUCCGCAAUGUCACCUCGGCAAGAAAGCCAGAUAUGGGUGAUCCCAUGGGAGCACCUUUUAGUUGUUGAUAAUAUUGGUGAUCGAACGAAAAAUUGGUUUCUAAACAAAGGUACAUAAGUUCUAGUAAGGCAGCUGCAGGAACAUCCGUGUCAUAGGACUUCAGGAGUUCAUCUGUGCAUUGCCUAGCGAAAUCUAGUGGUAUGGAAGUGAAUAAAGAAACCACAUCAAAGGAGACCAUUAUCUCAUCCGCGGAAAUUGUGAUGUCUCUCAAUUUCUCUAGAAACUCCAUGUAGUUCUGAAUGGAAGUUGCACAAUCUCUCGUAAGUAGAUGAAGUUGGUGGAAUAGCCACUUAGAAAUUUUGUAAUUGGGUGCACCGAUUAAUGAUAAUAUCGGUUGCAGUGGUACCUCGGGUUUGUGAACUUUGGGCGGGAAGGCGAUCGCUGGGACCAAUGGUUUAUUUAUCCGACGUUUCGAACUCUCACGCCAGCCCAUCGUCAAGGGAUGAAAAUACUGUACAACUCAUCGUAUAUUAAGCUCAUCUCUGCCGGGGAUGACCUCCAGCUGCUCUGCUGAUUUGUUCAUGCAGUGCUUGAUAAGCGAUUGGCAGAUCGAUAUGUCAAUUGAUCGUGUCCUCAGUUGAGUGCCACGCUUCCUGCAGCAGGCGCGCAACUCGGUUGUCUGACUGCCCCAAUAUUCUCACGCUCUCGAAGUCAAAGGCGUGCCCUGGCGAGGAGGCGUGGACGGCUACCAAGGCGACUUUGUCGUUCCGUUUCUUCCUCGGGUUUCUCGCCUGCACUUUUCGACGAAAUUCCCAGGGUAGCCGUUCAUGAUGAAGAGUUUCCUCAGGAACUGAGCCUCGGCCUUCUUGUCGGCUGGCUCCGUGCAAUGGGUGUCUACACGCCGGUAGAGUGUUCUUACACAGUUGCGUUUGUGCGAAAGGGGGUGGUUGUUGAGAAAACUCAGAAUACGAGAGGUAUUCGUCGCCUUCCGGUUAACUGUUGUUUUUAGUCCCCCAUCGCCUUUUCUCUGGACUAGUACGUCGAGAAACGGCAACUGGCAAUUUUUUUCUUCCUCCAUCGUGAACUGGAUAUCCGGGAAAAUCAUAAUCCUGACCAACAGCUGGGACCAGAAACACAACCAUGCGCACAGACGCACCUGACGCAGUUGAUCCAUUACUGGGGUCUACCAGAUGGGUCAUAAGCACUUCACCGGCCUCAAGGCCAGCAGGAACGGCCUAUAUAUACAUACCAGAAACCGCAUAGAGAACGAUGGGGGUCCCACUGAAGAGCCGAACCCCUCGUAGCUGUGUCACGCAGCGGCAGAAUAUCGGCGAAACAUGUGUCUGGGCUUUUACAUAGUGCCUACGUCGGGAGUAACGUAUGAUACGUUCGCUAUAUAUGUAUAUAGAGUAGCUGAGAUGGCGUUCAUUCCAAGACGACAUAAUAAAGGAAGAAGGCUUGUCGGAAAGAAUAGAGUUGUACAAGUUGGUUUUCCCCUUCAACUCGGCUCAUUUCGUCUGACGACGGCUGGUAUCACUAAAUUUCAAAUUCCACUUUGGUCGGACAUUGCAUCUAGCUCAAUUGUUCCCACUUACUCUUCCCGUUGCGUCAACUUAUGAUCCCUCCUUAAAUGCUCUUUUAUUCCCUAGACGACUGAUUACCCUUGACAAUGGCCCGAAAUCAGAACUGACUCUGCCGCUUCCAGGGUCCGUCGGUGAAAUCCAACAGAGUCGGAUGGAUAUCCUCAUGUCUCAAGCCAUGCGGAAUAUCAGUGUGGCCUUUCGACUCGGCACCGACGGCAGAGCCACCGAUACUACUUUCAUAACACCUCCGGUAUCGGGAAGCAUCGAACUGAUGUACAGGGUAGGACUGUUGAACACGUGAUUAAACCUUUGAUUUUUCUUGAACGAACCCGUACUUUGCACCGUCCUCCUCUUGCGAAUGCUGCUCCGUAAACGAAUGCAAAAAGAAUCGUUCCUUCCUUAAUGGCAUUCAUCGACAGAGCGAAGGUGUCGGGGACUGCUUUCUGUAUGUAAUUACCGGUUGGCGAGCGACCUUUUUGCCACUUUCAGCACACUUUCCUAUAAAGCUCCACCUGUGGUCACAAGGGCGGUGGAGCCAGAUUGAUUUAUUUCCUUCUUGGAUGGUGACAAAGGAUAAGAUGUUUUUGCAUAGAUUCGCAUGGUUAUUGUGUCACGAGGUUGAGGGGCCCAUUCGUGACUGACAAAACCAAUCAGAGUAGGGGAAAGCUGAGUUAAAGAUGACUCCACCGUGUAAAACUUGUAUCCGGGUAUGCCUACUAGUAUACAAGACUCGCUACUGCAUUUAUUUAAGUAGGUGUUGUUUGAUUACGUUCUUACUCGUUACCAGUCAGGCCUUAGUUUCGGCCUGCUGUACAUGUUUCACCGUGGACAAUGCCGCCCUAACAGCUAUCAAACUCGUACGGAAUUUGCAUCAGGCUCAACCCUUCGAUCUAUCGAAUAAAAGUAUAGAUCUGAAAUCAUCGUCUUUCCGAGUCCGUAUCGAACUGAAUUAAUCAAUCCUAACACGCGCAUGGGUUGUACAGAUACGUAUCAGGAUGUUCAAGCCUACAUACGACUAGUAAUAUGUCAACUUUGGUGGGGUACGAUAGUCGAACAACGACUCGCAUUUCAUUGCUAUCAGUUCACACUGGGUUGUAGUGAACAGUUGAUCUGUUGAAAGCCCUGUGGCAGAAGACUGGACACUAACCGUUUGCUGACGCUAAGACGCCCCGCCAUGGAGGCUUUCUAUGGCCUCCUACCACUCGCUAGCAUGUUAACAAAGUCUUAUCAAAAUCCGCAUUUCUGUCACCCUUUAGUCAAAUGCUCAAAGCGGUUACCAGAUGGCAACCAUGAAGAAAAUGUGAUCCUUUUGGCGUUAGUAGCAUAAGUUUGAGACUUCAAACUCUUACGGGAGCCUAUCUUCAGAGAUGAGCAGUGCUUGUAGUCUGACAGCACGGGAAAUGCCGUUUGUCUUUGGCUAACCCUGGAGUCCCAAUUCUCAUGGCGCAGUGAUCACGUGCGUCCUUGACUAGAAGAUUGUCGUCCGUGCGCAACGCGUGGCGUGCCGCAUUGACAGAGUCUAUUCUUAGUCACGACGGCCAACAGGAUGAACUCUGUUCGCCGUGAUGGAAUUUCGCAAACGACACAAAGCCAGACGAUCGUUUGCGCAAGUUUAACAGUGGUUUAUUGAAAAGUCUAGGGACCCAGAUUAUUAUAUUUGUGUGUUUUCGGGUAAUAAACAAUGGCUUUGAUGAUCCUAUUGAAAACGGUACAUGCAAUAUAAAUGUUAAGUGCACACCUUACUUAACAUUUACCAGUAACAUAUUGUUUACAAAAAACGUUUUUACAGUAUGCAACUGCGAAGGUCCAUUGUGCUGCCAGUGAAGACGAGCUUCUUUUCACUACAGAAAAUAUAGGUGAGGCGAGACGGUGUCAUUGUCGAUUUAUUUAGUGCCUCCUCAAGGAAACUCGUGGGCUGUACCACCACACUGAUAUUUUUUGAAUUUACCAAAAAACAGCGAUGCCAAAUGUCAAGUUCUUUAUACUCUGGAUCAUUUCGCACGAAUGACUCAGGCCAAAAAAUAAUAACGGGAAUAAAGAUGAGAAAGCCAAGUCUGCUGGACAAGAGUAGAAGGCAAAAAUAUUUGAGAAGCCGUCAUCUGUCAUCAUAUACAGUGAGUGACCGUUCUCAUGAAGAAGUGACUGGAAUCAUGACAUGUGUUUUCGAUUACGAAUGAGUACUUAAGUGAGGUUGUAAUGUUGAUUACCAUGCGGCAUAAUCCUUUAAUGUUACGGACUCUCUAGGAUGUCGGCUUUUGAAUGCACUUCUUUGUAGCGUUCGCUAGAAACUGCAUUCGGCAAAAAAGUACUACAUAAUUUGCAUGUGUUUUUACAUAGAUUUUUGAUGGUCUUACAACUUAAACAUAUUUAACUGAGACCGUGCAUAUAAAUAUGCUUCUUUUUACAUGUUUGGUGGAAACUCAUGUAGUCUUCGUAUUUUAUACCCGAAGAAAUGAUAUCUCUAGGUUUUAACGAAGUUCCUAUUCAUGAUAUUUUUAAGGCCGUGCAAUUUCCAUUCAUACAGCAUCGUACCCGUCCGUUUACCGAUGCUCCUCAUGAAAUAUACAAUUUUUAUGAACUCUCUCUGAUAUCUCUCUAAAGAUAUGGAGGAAGGUACGAUUUCCCUUGCGCGGAAAGCAUGCACGUUGUAGAAUGAAAUCGCUAAACGUUAAUGCAACGGCCUAUCCAGCUCAAAGUUAUUCUUGAAUUUGGAAACGUCCUCAAAACCUUAACAUCCACAUUGUCGGGUACAAAGUGUGAAGACAACGUGAUUUUCCACCGAAUUAAGGAAAGAAAACAUUCUGGCGAAGUUUGGUUCUACAGCCCCACUUUAUCGAUAUCAUAUGGUCAGCUUACUAAAACAAUGGAGACUGGAAUGACCAUUUCUGGCUUAUUAGCCGUCGUCAGCCAGCCAUACCCAAGCCCGAAGUGUGGAACACCCGAGCCUCGAACUCGCGACCUGUUGGUUUAGAAGUCCACGCCUCUAGCCACCGGGCCACGAGCCCGUUGCCCUGUCGGUUUUCGAUCGGGAAUAUACAGUGGUAGGGGGCGCUCACCAAUCGUUCAUACGGAACUCACUCGUUCCGUAUGAACGAUUGGUGAGCGCCCCCUACCAUUACUAAAACAAUAUUAGUUAACAUAACUAACUUCGUCAGUCGCUGGAUUAGGAACGGGAAGAGAGCGCGAUCUGAGCUCAAAACGCGCUUAGGGAACCAAAUGAAAGGUUGCGUAUGCAUACUCGCCCCCCCCCCCCCAACACGGCCACUCGGUGGAUUAAGAGGAUACGGAGGAGCGCAAUUACAACUGGAAGGCCGCGGGGUAAUUCGCAGUUCAGGGUCACUGUAGUGGAACCGACGGAUUUCCACACCGUCCAAACCAUUCCAUUAACAAAUCUUUUGACCACUAGUCGGGUUAAGAUAAUAAAGAGGGUGCAAGCAGGACUCGAAACACGCGGAGGGAGGCGCGUAUGAGCUGAUAACUGAGGUGACCGAAGCUGGCUUAUAAGCACUCCUCCCCCGUGGCACAGUCACCCGCCGGAUUAAAAGGGCAAGAAAGAUACAAAUACAGUAGAUGUGCCAACUCAUGAAAUGUCAACCGAAAUUUCGAAAUGCGUUCUCGUUUCGAAAAGAUAAAUUAGGUAGUGUUGUAAAGCUAAUAAUGAUGCAGCAUAAAACUAUAAUGAUCCAGUUACCUCAGGGUGUCGGCUUUCGAAAGAACUUAUUUUUGGCUGCAUACAAGAUCCAUACUCUGCAAAAAAUGACUACUUAAGUAGCAUGCAAUUUUCUCAUUGAUUUUCGAUGCCCUUGAAAAUGUAAUUAUAUUUCAUGGAAAACAUGCAAAAUAUAUUCAUUCUUUUACUUAUUCGAUAGAAAAUCACGUCCUCUUCCAAUUUUACACUCGAAAGAAGAGUAUAAUUCGGUUUUAAAAAAGUUUCUAAUUGUGAGAUUUUUUAAUACCGUUGAAUGGCCGUUCAUGAAACGUCAUGUAUCUGCAUUCACGAAUGUGGCUUGUAAAGUUAACAAUAUUGCUCAAGUCCACUGCUUAAUUCUAUGAACCUCAUAUGGUCUCCUCUUAAUACCGUAGAGAAAUGUGUGGUUUUCCGUACGCGGAAAAUAUACGGCUUGUAGUUUUGAAACCCUGAACGCAAGUGUAACGGCAGGUUGGGUUCACAGUCAUUCGGGGAUUAGAAAAGUUAUUUAAAACCGAAUUAUUAUCUUCUUUUGAGUAUGAAAUUGGAAGAAGACGUGAUUUUCUAUCGAAUAAGUAAAAGAAUGAAUAUUUUUUGCAUGUUUUCCAUGAAAUAUAAUUAAAUUUUCAAGGGCAUCGAAAAUCAAUGAGAAAAUUGCAUGUUAAUUAAGUAGUCAUUUUUUGCGGAGAAUAGAUCUUGCAUGCAACCAAAAAUAAGUUCUUUUGAAAGACGACACCCUGAGGUAGCUGGAUCAUUAUAGAUUUAUGCUGCAUCAUGAUUAGUUUUACAACACUACAUAAUUUAUCUUUUCGAAACGAGAACGCAUUUCGAAAUUUUGGUUGACAUUUCAUGAGUUAGCACAUCUACGGAACGUUAUAUUUGAAAAGUCAGCGUACUCGCAUCGUCUGAACUUUUUAAGGAAGCUUACAAUACGAUAUUACACAGGCGGGACUUCAGGGCCUAAUCUCAACCAUAUUUUUGUGCACAUUAUAAUGAAAAUAUAUUUAAUUUGUUAGACCAUCGAAAAGCGAUGUAAAAAACGCGUGCUAUUUAUGCAGCCAUUUUGCCGACUGCGGUUUCUACAGAAUGUCGAAAAGAAGUUCAUUCAAAAGCCGAUAUCCCGGAAUGACCGAAAUAUUAGAGGAUUAUACCGCAUGAUGAUAAAUAUUGCAACCCCACCUAAGUAAUCCUUCCUGAUCGAAAACGCAUUUCAGGAUUUUGGUCAACAUUUUACGAGAUCACUCACUCACCAUAGCACUCGAAAUCUAGAUCACGUCAUUGCUUCCCCUCGUCUGUGUUAGGGUUGAUAUUCAAAGAGGGAGCGCUCUAGCAGCGAAAAAUCUUUUGGGUUUUUGAAUGGUUGCCACACAAACUGUAAGCAUUAGUGACGAAUUUUUAAACGUCGAAAUACUGGGCCAGUUUAAAUCAACCUCGAUUGCGUGACGGGGUUACAAAUGCGCCAGAAGAAAACAGCAGUUUCUUUGUUUAAGUUGCUGUGCAGACUAAGGCUUAAAGUACAUGGAUGUUCAUGUAUUUUACACAGCAAAUUGAGGCGGUAGAUACCUCUCCACAGUGUAUAUCUGGCCAUUUGAAUGACUUCGCUUUCCCACUUUCACUCUUCUCGUCAUUCUUAUUAGACUAGAAUGCCUCAUACGCUAACUCGAUUCUGACCCAUAGCAAGAGGACAAAGAUAAAAUCGGCAGAUUUUUGACUCUGCUAUUGGAGAGCUGGUUGGUCAAGAAAUAAUAUCCAUCAAAUUAUGCGGCUGUCUAGCAUUGAUUCAUGUACAAACGUCCAGAAAAAUUACAUUUGCGCUCCGUUAACUGGCUUCUAGUGGGUUAUAUUAAUCUCCUGAGACGGGAAACUAGAUUGUUUAACCCCAACUAUAGGUUUCCAAAUUCACUUUUUCAAUGCUCCGCUUACAGGGAGGAAAGAAGGCGGAUAUAUUUCUGUACCAGGUAACCAUCAAAACGAGUUUGGGUUUAUGUCCUCCAUAAGGGAAUUAAAACAAAUGAGACUGGAAAGACGUAUAUGUAGUAUUUAGGGAAAGCUACUUAUUCUUAGGGCAGAUAUACAGUGAGCAUCCGAUCUCAUGAGAUGUUGGCCGAAAUUCUGACAUACGUUUUCGGCUAGGAAGGAUAACUUAGGUGGGGUUGUAGUAAUGAUAAUUAUGCAGCAUAAGCAUGUAACAUAUCGGACUCAUUACGAUGUCGACUUUUGGAUGCAGUCCUUUUUGACCUCCUACAGAAAUCUCACUUUGUAAAAAAUAAAUACAAUAAAUACUUAAGUAGCAUGCAUUUCUCCUAUUUAUUUUCGAUGGUCUUGUAAAUUCACAUAUAUUUUAUAGAAAACAGGCUCAAAAAUAUGCUUUUUUUACUUCUUUGGUAUAAAAUCACAUUGUCUAUAUAGUUGAUACCCGAAGAAAGUGUAUAUUUGGGUUUUAAAAAGUUUCGAAUUAUGAGAUUCUUAAGACCGUGCGAUGCCCAUGCAUACAGGAUCGCACAUAUACGUUUACCAAUGCUCUUAAUGAAAUACACAACUCAGUCUGGAUCCAUUGGGAAAUUUUAGGAACUCUAUGUUGUACUUUUUUAAAUACAUAGAGGAAUGGUAGAUAAUGCCAUUCAACAUAGAGGAAUAUAUGAUUUUCCUUACGCAGAAAACGUGCACCUUGUAGACUGGAAUCGCCAAACGCUAAUGCGAUGGCAGAUCAGGCUCAAAAUUAUUCGGGCAUUGGAAGAAAAAUCUUAAAACCUAAAUAUACACUUUUUCUGAUAUAAAAUAUCAAGGCAAUGUGAUUUUCUACCAAAGGAGUAAAAUAACGCAUAUUUUUGUGCAUUUUUUCUAUAAAAUAUAUUCGAAUUUAUAAGGCCAUCGAAAAUCGAUAGGAAAGUUGCAUGGUACUUAAGUAGUCAGUUUUUACCGAGUGUGGUUCUGCAGGGGGAGCGAAAAGAAGCUCCAUAAAAAGCAGACAUCCUGACGAGCCUGAAAUACUAUAGGAUGAUGUCUCAAGAUGAGCAGUAUUACAAUCCCACCUAAGUAAUCCUUCCUAAUCGAAAACGCAUUUCAGAAUUUCGGCCAACAUUUCAUAAUAUCGGUCGCGCAUUGUACGUAAUAAUUAUAUGUAGAUAUCAUUAAGUGUUAUUAGACGAUGUCAUUAAAAGCCCUUUUGUGAUAUGCCUAAAAACCCAAUCUUGAAUUCGGACAUAAACAUUCAAAUAUUCUGUACCUCCUGAACACUGACAGACCAACCGGCGAACCGCAUGCAUGGCAUGUUACAUGUGCAUAAACGUGGACAAUCGAGGAGCACAACUAGCAACGACUGAGGCCAUUCGACGUCGGUGGGCGCAUGCCCAGCGGAGUCCCUUGAACGUAGGCAUCAACAGAAAGAGUCUGCCAUACAUGAAUGAGCGACAGUCAAGUAAAAGGUUCCAUGGUAAACGGAUACUGGAAAUAUCCAACCACAUGUGGCCGAACUAUACCAACGUCCAGAGUUCACGAAUCAUUGAGAGGCUCCGUUAUCACGCUGCCCUGAAUGGAGUCACGGUACUCUUUUGCUUCACUCCCUUUCUUCUAUUAAUGACGUUAAAAUGUCUACUUAAAAUUGCGAGUAGAUAUUAUUACACAGUUAUACGUUUCUGUUACUAUAUCUCAACGCUAUUAUUUUCGAAUCCUAAGGUUUUCGUCCAGAAUAUAUGGUUUCAAUGCCCGCCGGGGAAAUACCUGGCACUAAAUCAACCGCCGUCUUGCCUGCCCUGUCCUCCACUCACCCGAGGUCUUGUUUAUGGGUCGACUACAAAUGUCAAAGCCGGUCACCCCCUAGGGCGAUUCUGUGCACCUUGCGAGGAUAAUAAGUACCAACUGAAUCCUGGACAAACUACCUGCCGGCAUUGCGGAAUCAUCAUGCACGUAUGACUUCCUAUUUUCGCCGUUGCAUUCCCCAUUACAUGCGCUAAACUGUUCAGAACAGAAAAAACAGCUGGCCUCUACCAUGGAAGCAGACACCGUUAUACAUACAGUAGAUGUGCUGACACGUGAAAUGUUAACCGAAACUGUGAAAGGCGUCUUCGACUAGAAAAGGUUACUUAAGUAGGAUUUUAAUAUUUAUCGUCGUGCAGCAUAAUCCCGUGAAAAUUCAGUUACCUCUGGAUACCGGCUUUUAAAUGAAAUUCAUUCUGACCACUUGCAAAAAGUUCAGUCUGUAGAAGUGGUUAUUUAAGUAGUGUGCAUUUUUCGCGUUGAUUUUCAACGGCUUUAUAUACUUAAGUAUAUUUCAUAGAAAACAUGCAUAAAAAUAUUCAUUCUUUUAAACACUGGAUAGAAAAUUACACCUUUUUAAAAUUUUAUACUCGAAGAAAGGGUGUGAUUCGGUUCAAAAAAGUUGCUAAUUAUGAAAGCGUAUAAGACCGUGAGAUACCAGUUCAAAAUAUAUAGUUAAUGCAAAGAGAAUGACAGAGGAAUGGAGAACCCUGCCCAUAACUGACAGUUCGACGGUCGCAUCCGACGAUGUCCAAAGUGUACUCCACAGUAAGGUGAAAGAGGCACGAUGGUUUGCGUGCUUUAGUUUACAGUGAAUGUAGACUUUUGCAGCAUCUACUGUACGCACGUGUAUAUAUAUAAUGGUACGGGGGCGCUCACCGAUGGUUCAUACGGAACUCACUCGUCCCGUUGUGCCUUAAGGGCUCUCUCUCGAGUCCAACCAGCAGCCACACAGCGGCGCAUGAUAUAUUGGCAGAAUGGUAUUACCGAGAUUGCAUGUUCCAUUGUAUAUUCCCGAUCGAAAACCGACAAGGCAACGGGCUCGUGGCCCGGUGGCUAGAGGCGUGGACUUAUAAACCAACAGGUCGUGAGUUCGAGGCUCGGGUGUUCCACACUUCGGGCUUGGGUAUGGCUGGCUGACGACGAUUAAUAAGCCAGAAAUGGCCAUUUCAGUCUCCCUUGUCUUUGUCGGUAAUACCAUUCUGCCUAUAUAUCAUGCGCCGCUGUGCGGCUGUUGGUUGGACUCGAGAGCGAGCCCUUGAGGCACAACGGAACGAGUGAGUUCCGUAUGAACGAUCGGUGAGCGCCCCCUACCAUAGUAUAUUCCCGAUCGAAAACCGACAGGGCAACGGGCUCGUGGCCCGGUGGGUAGAGGCGUGGACGGUAACUAUUGGGAGAUGGCACCCAAAAAACUUUUCCGUUACCUAGAAAUAAUACCUACUCUAUCUACUUGAGUAGGUUAUAGCCGUACAUAUUUGUUGUGUCACCUGACCUGCAGUCUACCAUACUAUCCGGCAGUUAAGAUGCCAACGCUGAAAACGGAGCCACAGUUACUUAAGCUUCAGAAAGGCUUACAUGGAUGGCGACUGACUGCAGUAGUGUGGUUGCGGCUAAAUCUAAUCUUGCACCACCGACAUCCAACAGACCAAUUCUACUGGUUUACCAUUCGUUACGAUUCCUUGGAUGUCUGAACACAGGUACUAAAUUGGUCCGCUGGUUGCUUAAAAUGGUAUAUGUGUAUAGUACUGCUAUUUGUUCACUUUUCAUUUACCGCGCCUACUUCCGUUGCCAUAUAGUGAUGAAGUAAAACUUUAUCAUUUAACUAGGAAUUUCAUAAAAAUAUCUUCCUAUUAUUCACAUUUAUCCACGCAUCCCGAGGGCCCUUCCCGUAAAACCCCUAUUACCACCUAUCCCGUAAGACAGGCAGCUUUGUUUGAGAGGAUUUUUUUAGGUGCCAUCUCCCAAUAGUUACCCGAAACUCCCAAAAUGGUGUAUUGUUCAGAGCACGUUUUCUUACGAUAGAAGCCACAUCGAAUGCUGCCGUCGGGCUUUCUACACAGAAACACAUCCAGAAAGGGAAGUGAACCGGUCUGUUCUUCUUCCAGAGUGAAUCUUAUUGAUAGCUGCGCCUGAUUUAUGCCACCCAGUAGAAUUCAGAUACAGAGGCCUGAAGAGGAUUUAUCGAAAGGAGACGUGUUCUCGCCAAAUUGCCUUUUGAAAACGACUUAGAUUUGAAGUUCUCGUCCAAAGGAUUUCGAAAUCAGCAAAGGUCUAACAACGGUCCGAAGCAGGUGAAAACAGAUAGGCCCAUAUUUCCAAUACCACUCCCUUUUUUUCUUUAUCUUAGGUUUCAUUUUUUUUAAAUUUUUCUCUUCGGCAACCCAAAUAACACAGGAGAUCGUUGACGACGUUGAGAUCUGCGGCCGCCGUUUUCUGCCCAGUUGGGGACCUGAACAGCCCGAUUUGACAUCUCAGUGGAAGGCGGAAUUGGCACUUCCAACGGAGGAUCAAAUACGACGCUCAAGUUUACCUCGCUACGGGGACACUUUCUGGAUGUUUGUCUGUCUGAUGGGACUUCUUACCACGGUGGUCUACUUCUACCUCGAGGCCACGGGCUUCAUGCUCUCCAAGAUAGCCAGAGGCAAACGCCGACGCAGACCGCCUCCUCGCAGGAAACGCGGAAAACAGCAGUACCUCACGGAAAUGGCGAUCUUUCGGGACGUGCCUAUCCAGACGGAGGAGUCCUGGGUCUGCAGUCAUGGACGGCAGAAUGUGCAGCAGGAGCUCGUUCUGCUGCGAGACAUUGGUGCCCAAACUGAUGAGAUUGGGAUUGAGCGGACGUGGGCUCACCAGGAUGACGGGAGUAGCAUGCAAGAGACGACUGAAACCGACUUGGCUCCGGAGACUACUGCGGAGGGUAAAAGCGACAAGGCGUCGGGACGCGCAGAAACUGUCAGUAGGCCUAGUCAGACUCGUCAUUCAAAAAAAUGACAGUGGUCCUUAUUUAUGUGAGGGUGCGAUUUUGCAAGGUUUUUUUGAGUAGCCCAUUUUACGUGUCGUUGUGUUGCGUGUGAUGUUUUCGAGCACUUGUGGGAUAAGGAAGUAACUGUUUUUUGUUCUUAGGCCGUUUUGAAAAUUUUAUAGAUGAAUAAACUACAAUUUGAUACCAUUCCUCAAAUACUUGAAUAAUUUUCGUAAAGUAUGCCAGCAGAGGGUUAUAAGCCAGUAUACGUUCGUAAACUUUGAGAGCCAGGGCUUGUUUCGUGAAAAGUCUAUUAAGAAAUUACAAUAGCUGUACAGAAGAGCAAAAUCGCGCGUUAAGAGAGAGAUCAUGUCGCUUCUUUGAUAUAAAUAUUUCGACAAUGCAUGCUACUAACUAAAGUUCAGUGGCGCUUUUAUGAGACGUAAAUUCCGCUACUUCGGACUACGUAUACUCACUUGGUGCUCCAUGACACUCGAGUAGAUGAUUAUCGAAACGUCGUUUGAGGAAUUUGACCGUUUAGAGCUCGCCUACCGUGACGGAAGAGUUUUCAAGUCUUACGAACUUCUAAUGUCAGUUAAGUGACGUUAGUCGCCUUCUCUCACUACUCUGGGUUGAAAUUGCACACAGACCGGAGGCCACUAUAAGGCGUCAGUUGAUGAGGCCAAAAGGAUGCACUGCCACUGCAAGAAACACCUGGAGUCGUUUAAUGGAUCUGAUGCAAUUGCGGGCAAAGCAACUACAUCGGAGAAACUGGAAGAGUGCUCUGGACGCGGAUUGCCGAACACGCAACCGCGGUGCAGAGAAAUGACGCCAACUCUCAGGUCGCGGCCCAUUCGACGAGACCCGGCCACACAUUCAAGUUCGAUGAGGCCGAAAUUCUCGCAGGAGGGGAUAAAUGCGUGAGCCACGAGUUGCUUGAGUCAUGGUUCACGGGACCUCAGUCUAUCAACAAGUGCAACGACACCCCCACUCCAUAUUCCGUGCUGGGACAUAGUCUUGCCCAAGUAAUUAAACCCUCGGGGAGAGCGCGGGCCGGUGAGCCAGGUGGCCGGCCAAUCAUCACGCCAGCAUCCAGCACGGACGAUUAGGUUUCAGCAGUUGACAACUUUCAUGCCGGCCAUCAAGCAAUUAGCGCACCAGCAGGCAACAAUUCUUGAUGAAGGGGAGAGCGGUUAAUUACGAUAGGUAUGCGGUGGCAUAGCGACUGCAUCCUGUAAAUACAGCAACUUCCUGUGUACGAGUCACCCCUUUUCUGCCUCUGUCUCUGAUGAUAGGUUCAAGUGAGAAUCCAAAAAAUUGGUUCCGUUGUAUGCUCGCUAUUGGUGGAUAAUCUGUCCAAAAGGCCUUUAUUUAUCUCGGAAUUCUACAGGCGGUACUGUCUGUUAGCAGACGUUUUUUGAAACUGUUCUGCAGUACAGCAUUUAGGGGUAACUUUCGACCUCACUUAUGAGGCUGACCUCCACGGCAUUUAGGUAAAGUCGAUUAAACUCCCAAUUAACCCCUUGUUUUGUAAUUCCUUACUUAUUGGUGUCUAGAGGCUUUCAGGUCAUUUUUAAUUCAUUUUACUCUCCCUUUUCGAGUUGACUCCUCGGGGCUGAAAAGCAAAUGAACUUCGAUUGUUUGCAGGGCUGUUUUUCACACUGGUUUUUCGACUUUUCUGAUUUUACCCAUGUAGUUAUUUAUAAGAAGGAAACAGAAGAAGAAGAAGAAGAAGAAGAAGAUGAUGAUGAUGAUGAUGAUGAUGAUGAUGAUGAUGAUGAUGAUGAUGAUGAUAAUGAUGAUGAUGAUGAUGAUGAUGAUGAUGAUGAUGAUGAUGAUGAUGAUGAUGAUGAUGAUGAUGAUGAUGAUGAUGAUGAUGAUGAUGAUGCUGAUGAUGAUGAUGAUGAUGGUGGUGAUGGUGAUGGUGAUGGUGAUGAUGAUGAUGAUGAUGAUGAUGAUGAUGAUGAUGAUGAUGAUGAUGAUGAUGAUGAUGAUGAUGAUGAUGAUGAUGAUGAUGAUGAUGAUGAUGAUGAUGAUGAUGAUGAUGCACCUCGUCGAAAUUCUUGUGGCAUUAACGAAAUCUACGACAAGACAAAAUCUGCCGAACACCAAUUGUAA